AUGAUACUCUCCCUUCGAGCACGCUCCGUCAUUACACGGCUCGGACCGGUUUCGUGCCGAUCCUCGUACCUUCGGCGAUACCUGUCGACCGAUUCCGAGAGACCAGCCGAGCCAUUCCGCGUGCUCUUCUGCGGGAGCGACGCCUUCUCCGUUGCGGCGCUCGACGCCCUCCUCGGUGCCGAGGAUGUGUGGCAGAGUCUAGUUGUUUUGACGCCGCGCGAGCGCGCCAUCGGCCGCAGUGGCAAGGAUACAUAUAUUCCGCCGCUCAAACUCUUCGCCCUGGAGCGUGAUAUCGAGCAUCACGACGUGCCGCCUGGCAAGCUCUCCUUUCCAGAGGCGUUUCAGAAGCACCACCCCUCGCACCUCCUUCUCACCGCCUCGUUCGGGCACAUCAUCCCCACCCCGCUUCUGAGCCCCUUCGCACACGCCCUCAAUGUCCACCCCAGCGUACUGCCACUGUACCGCGGUGCGGCGCCGGUGCAAUGGGCCAUCGCGAAUGGGGACUCGGCGACAGGCGUGACGGUACAGAGCAUGGCGCCGCGCGAGGUCGGCGUCGACGCCGGCGCUGUCCUGGGUGCAGUCGAAGGAUUGGACGCAACAUACAACACCCUCCUGCCGGAUCUGGCACACGUCGCUGGUCGUCUGCUCGUGCAAGUCCUUCGCCAGCUGCAGAAUGGCGCUGCGACUCCGCACGCUCAGGACUCGGCGAACGUGACCCGCGCACCGAAAAUUACGAAUGACACUGCACGCGUCAACUGGGGGUCACAGGGCGCGGGGACGUUGGAUGCGCGCCAUAGGGCCUUUGGGCAUACACAGCCGCUCUGGGCCCAUAGGCCGCAGGAGCUCGUUCAUGGUAAUCCCAAGGUCAAGCGUGACCAGGCCGUCCAGCUUACUUCGGUCAAGCGGUCCGGCGCGGUGCCGGAGCAGGCUGAGAAGUGGGCAUCCGAGGCGGGACGACAGCCGGGGACGAUUGUUUUGGACAAGCGGGGACGGCGUGUGCUCGCGCUCACCCGCGACGGGUGGUUGGAGCUAGUGCGCGUUAGGCCAGCAGGUAAGAAGGAGCAGCCUGGCGCCGAGUGGUGGAACGGCCUCCCGCCCAAUGUCAAGACGCGUGGAUGGGGGAUCCUCGAAUAA